AUGAAAGGUUUUACUACAGUUUCAGCAGUCAUGUCAGGAACAGGGAUUACCGUAGACCAUUUGGUGCUUCUGUUAAAGCAGGAAGAAAUAUGUCUGUUGUGCCCCCAGCAUCCAAGAAGAUGUGUUAGAAAUGCUACUUCUUGGGAAGAGCUUCAGUUUCGCUCAUCUCCUGUGCUACCAUCUAGCAGAACUAACAGCAGUCAAAGUUCACUGCAUAUACAAUAUCAGUGUAUAUCAAUUUGUAUGAGUUUUUCUUACAGGGAAUGUAUUAACAAAGUGUGUGAAACUGCUGGCUUAAAAACUAUUGAUAAAAAGAGAAAGGUAGAUAAAAGGGUUAUACGUAUGCUUGCAGAAAAGCCCAAUAUGGAUUAUGCAGGGUCUAAUGUGAAUUUAGUCAUCACCAGUUCAUUUAUGAUUUUAUCUGUAAUGGAAUCUGGAGAGGUGAUUGCCAAUCAUGAAAUGCCAAAUGUGUCCUUUGCUUCUGGUGGGGAUGCUGAUACUUUAGAUUUUAUUGCAUAUGUCGCUAAAGAUUCAAGAUUUGGACGAGCUUGCUUUGUCCUAGAGUGUGGUGGAGGACUUGCACAGGAUGUUAUAACAACAAUUGGACAAGCCUUUGAAUUAAGGUUCAAAGAAUUUCUUAAAAAGACUCCACGUGCCAUAACUGUUCCAGAUAGGUUAGAAAAUCCUGUCUUCAAUGGAAGUGAUUGUGCCUGGGGAGAGGAUCCUGAAUAUUAUAAUGACUUGCCUGGUAAAGUACCUCCUGAAGGUCAACCCCCUCUUCCUCCAUUACCUGAUUAUCAACAGAAUGGUACUGAGUAUUCUGUUGUUGAUUCUUCAGCUAAUGUUGUAGAAACUCAUCUUCCUAUAGCAAAAAAUCAAAAGGGAUCUUCUAUAGAACCAGAAUAUGUGAACAGUAUCAUAGCUGCUGGUGAACAGAGUUGUAAUGCUGAUUCCUUUGACAUGCAACCCUUUGAAUCAGCCUUAUUCCCUGAGCCCAUUCAACCACCACCACCACCCAGACAUCGAUUGUUGGAUUCUCCACCUAAUCCACCACCACAUGCUUCAUGUGUAUCUCCAUCUCCAUCUCCAUUUGUAACAUCUGUCAAACACAAGUGGCCAGCAGGGUUAGCAAAUCACAGGGUAGUACUGCUACAAGAAGAAUGGUUCCAUGGACCUAUCAGCAGGAAAGAAAGUGAAGCAUUAGUUGUGAGGGAUGGGGAUUUUCUGGUACGGGAAUCUCAAGGCUCUCCUGGGCAGUAUGUUUUGACAGGAAUGCAAGCUGGAAUUAGGAAGCAUUUACUUUUAGUAGAUCCAGAGGGAGUGGUAAGAACAAAAGAUCGAACUUUUGAAAGUGUGACUCAUUUGGUGAGCUUUCACAGUGAUAAUGGUUUGCCAAUAAUAUCUGCAGAAAGUACUUUAGUACUGAGAAAUCCAAUUCCCAGAACUAUGAUGCCAACACGUUGAGGUACUUAUAAAACAUUUUUUCAUUUGUGAAAAGACAAAAGUGAUAAUUAAGCCUUGAAUGUUUUAAUGGAAACAAAAUGACUUGUUAAAAUUUAUAUGAUGGUAUAUGAAAAAGAAAAUUACUUAACAUUUUACUAAUCCUUUUUCAUGUGAGCACAUGUUUAACACAACAUUGCAGCAGUUGUUGAAAUCUAUUGUGAUAGACAAUUUUAAUAACAUUGAGUUCUUGGGCCGUGUUUUUUUUUAUUCUAGAAGUAGCAAUUUAUUGAAGUGUGCAAAUUGUAAUAUACACAUAUAAAUUUAUAUACACAUAAUAUGUUUUUCAUGUAAAUUGGUCGUAUAUGUGUUUAUUUAUUAUGUUUAUUAUUUAUAUUGUUUUAUUUAUAUCAUAAUAUUUAUGUAAAAACAUAUAUUUUUAUGAACGUAUUGUUUGUGUUUAUAUAUUUGAACAGAUUUUGAUUAUAUAUGUGCAUCAAAUUUGCAUUUAUUUUUUUACUAUGUAUAAAAGGUAGAUCUCAGCAAUGGAAAAACAAUUUUAUGAUAUUAUUGAAAUUUUAAAUUCAAAACAUAAUUAGUUCUCUCAGCUAUUUAUGCAAUAAUGUGAUCAUGUUUGUUAACCUUAAUGUAUGUGUGAUAACCAAGAAACUAGAAAAAUAUCAAAAUUCGGGGUAUAGAAUCUCUCCAUCCAGUUCUCAGUUUAGAAUCUCAUUUGGAACUAUAAUAUACAAAGGCAAAUUUUUUAAAACAAUUUACCUUAAUAUAUUUCUUUUUAAAUACUUUUUUAAAAUUUCUAAUCAAAACUUUUUAUUUUAAAAUUAUGGCAUGAGAAAAUACAUUUUAACACGUUGACUGUUGUAUCUCCUGUAUUCAUGAGGAGGGAAAAAUUUCGAUCAGACCGCAUCAUCUACUUAUUUGAACAUUUAAAGGUAAGUUGUUAGGUAUUUGGAAAGAUAUUUCACAGGAUUAUUAUAAGACUAUUUAAUUGUUAUAAUAGUAAUUAUUGAAACAAAAUUUAUUACAAAAAUUAUUUACAGUAUAAUGCUUCAAAACAUUCUAUAUGAAGUUCAGGUUGGUCAUGGCAAUCUGGACAAAAAGUUGUCAUAAAAUUUUUUUUAUGCCUUUGAUUGAUUUGUAUGAAAUCUUUUAUUUAAGUAGCAUAAUUUGCAGCAUGUCUAAUGUUUUGUCCAAAAGUACUUUUUCAAAUGGCAAUAUUAUGCUGACUGCACUAAACAGAAGAUUUAAUUACAUUAGCAGUCAUCCCUAAUAAUUGCAUAGCUAAUAAUUCUCUAAACUUUCUGAUAUUUAUAUUCUUCUUUCUUUGCUUAAGUUUGUUAAUGAUUAAAGCAUUCUCAGCUGUAAUUCCCAGAAGAAACUGAAUAUCAAGUUUUUGGUGCCAUUUGAAUCCUUUUCUAAUUGUAGUGGCAAAGAAACCGUUUUAUCCGAAUAAUCUCUACCGUGUUUUCUAUUAUUGUAUGCAAGAACAGCUAGUGGUUUCAAUUUUCCAGGUGACUGUUGGUCUGUAAAAGCAGCAUGAAUGUUGGAAAUAUUUCUUGCAUUUAGUACUAUGAUGGGAAAUUGUUUUGUUGAUGAAAUUCUCACAUCCUGCUAAUCUAAGUGUUCCAACUACAUUAGUCUUUUGGUUCAAACAUAAUAUAGGUAAUUCAUAGCUUGUAUAAAAAUUAUCAAUACACAAUUUUCGUCCUUUGUGGAAAAGUUUAUCGGGUAGUUGUAGACAUAUAUUGUGUGCCAAUCCUGUUUCUAUAAUAUUGUCAGUUGACUUACCAGAAUAAAUUUUCAAUGACCACAUAUAUCCUUUGCAUGAGCAUAAUCUGAAUAAUUUAAUCUGUUAUUUAUGUGCUUUAUUUCGCAUAUACUGUUUGAAAAUGAGUUUUUUGUGCCAUGGAAUCAACACUUCAUUGAUGACAAUGUUUUCCAUUAUUUCUUAAUAUUUUCUUUGCACUUUUUCAAAAAGUGGAACUAUUUUUCUUAGUUGAUCCUCCUGGGCAAUAGGCAUAUUAUCAGUAAGAUGGAAGUUACUAACUAGUACUUUAAAUCUUUAAUGACAGAAUGAUACAUGGUAACUGAAAAGUAGACAAUGGGCUUUUCCACCAAUAAUUAGAUAUAAGGUUUGCUUUUACAAAUCCCAUCCAUAUCAGAAUUAGUGUCCAUUUAUGUGUAUUCGUGAAGACAUGAUUAUUUCAGAUUCAUUCAGUUUUUGUUCAGCAUAUUUGUUUGUUUCUAAUACAAGCAAGUCUGUUAUUUCAUCAUCAAUAAACAAAGCAAACCCACAAUAGGGAUGGAUAUCGCCAGAUAAUUCAUUAAUAAGACCUCUGUCGUAGUUAGAAAAAAAAAAAAAAAAAAAA